UGGAGGUGCUCCUAUCGAACUGAGUUUAUUACAAUCACUUCUUUCUUCAUUCAGCAUUGCAAGACACUCUACUCUUUUGCGCCAGCAUAUCAACUACCGGAGCCACUGCUGCGCGACCGGGAGAGGUCGUUGACGCCGUUUUCUUCUCUGCACGAACUCUUUCGAAAACAAUUGCCACGAGGGUUUCUUCAAAACUCAGAAUUCUCCUUCGCAGCAGGAACUCUCGUCACUGCUUGAAAUCGAAGGUUCUAACAAUAACGCGAAGGGAAUCGUGGAAUUGAGUAAUGGAAGGGAAUGCGAGAAGCCAGAAAAUCGUGGACGUAGGAUCGGUUGUGGAAGCCGUUUCAGCUGAGGAUGGUGACGCUCCACUCUACAGCCUCGAUAGUCUUUGUAUGCGGUGUGGUGAAAACGGGAUUACAAGAUUUUUAUUGACUUUAAUUCCUCAGUUCAAAAAGAGUUUGCUAUCAGCUUUUGGAUGUCCACACUGUGGUGAGAGGAACAAUGAAGUACAGUUUGCUGGUGAAAUACGCGGUUGUCGUUACAUUUUGGCAAUCACAUCAGGCGAGCAGAAGAUGCUAAAUCGUCAAGUGGUUAAAUCAGAAUCUGCUACCAUUAAGGUGGAAGGGAUACUUAUGAGAGCAGCUGAUGAACUUCAGGCCCUUCAAGAGGAACGCAAACUCCAGAGACCGCUGAAGCAAUUGAUCAAUAUUCCUUACUUUCAAGAAGUAAUUGUUAUGGCAUCCACAUGUGAUGCCUGUGGCUACCGCAACUCUGAGUUGAAACCUGGUGGACGAAUUCCUGAAAAGGGGAAGAAAAUUACUCUUUCUGUGAAGAAUGUCAAUGACCUUAGCCGUGAUGUAAUAAAGUCUGAUACUGCAAGUGUAAAAGUUCCGGAACUUGACUUGGAGCUGGCAAGCGGAACCCUUGGAGGAAUAGUUACAACUGUUGAAGGUUUAAUCACAAGAAUUGGUGAAAGCCUUGAGAGGGUCCAUGGCUUUACUUUUGGAGAUAGUUUUGAUGAAAAUAGUAGAAGCAAGUGGAUAGACUUUAAAACAAGACUAAACAAGUUUCUUAGCUUGGAAGAAGCUUGGACUCUAAUUCUUGAUGAUGCAUUAGUCAAUUCUUUUAUAGCACCUGCAACUGAUGAUAUGAAAGAGGACAAACAAUUAGCAUUUGAGGAAUACGAGAGGUCAUGGGAACAAAAUGAAGAAUUAGGUCUGAAUGAUAUGGACACCUCUUCUGCCGAAGUUGGUUCUAAAACUGAGUGAACAUCAUGUGAUUUCCUCUCCUCACACUCCCAACCAAAACAAAUGGAAGUAUUAAUGUGAUAGUUUGAUAUCAUUGAGAGAGAAGAUUGGAAAAGUCUUUUGUCUUCAGCCUCAUUAACUUGUAUCAUCCUUCUAGAAUAGUUCGGCUGAAAGAUGUAACUUAUCGUGAGUUACUAAGUUAAUUGUUUUCUAUUUUUGUUUUUCUGAUUUUGUGGUCUCCUGAAAUUGUUUCUUAGAGCAAUUUUUUUCUUCUUCCCCUUUUUGGCAUACAAGCGAUAAUUACCAAAUGUUGUAAUAUAUUAGUAUCACCAAAGAUACACUUGAGAUAUACUGGAUAUUUCCUUACUUGUUAACAAAUUUAAAUUUGUUUAGUCUUCA